AAAGUAAUUUUUUCUGGAAAAUGUGGUUUUGAUAAAUAUUUGAAUUUGUUUUUUUUUAAAUAUUUUGUCAGUUCGCAACUCGGACAACCGAGAUAUGAACCUUGAACGCUGAUAGUGCUCGAUGCACCAUGUCCUCUUUGAACUCUUACAACUGAUAUCUCGGUUCUUUUUCAGGGAUUAUGGAACUUUAAUCUACAAAACUAUUAAGUAAUAGCUAACAUUGUGUCAGUUAAAAUCUCUGAAAAAAAAUCAAAAAUUUCCAAGAUAUUGGCUGGUAAAGUUUAUAAGAAGGCAGAUGCCCAUGUCCAUUGGCAGUAGAUUUCAGAAAUUUCCCUCGGAACAACCAAAAAACUACUAAUUUUUCGACGAAACCCUUGCUCCUUGUACGUCCAAGUGGGGACUACAGUACACCGUUGUCAUCAGCUUUUGAUUCUUACCUGUCAAGCGUGUCGCCCGCCAUAAAACAAUAAGAAUAUCGUAUAUCAGUUAUUCCAUCGUUAUGUCUCUGUCUCUUUGCCCCUCUUCAUGCCAGCACACACACUUUCGCUCAUUCCCUGUUCAAACAUAAAUACUGUGACUAGUGAAAUGGUGAUGACAAGAAGCCACUGACACUAUUAGAGAACAUAUGAAAUGGGGAGACGCAGAGAAAGUGAGAAGAGAUGCGUGUGAAAUAGAGCUGCGCGGGAUACGGAGGAGAGAAACGCCAGGGCUCCCAGGACCUAUCCUUAUCCUCUAUGACCUUUGAAAAUCUUUUUGAGCAAUGAUUUGUUCUACUUGAACUUAUUAUUUAUGAAAUCUAUAAUACUCAUGUUUCAGAUGUUUCUCAGAAGCAUCUCAAUACUGGUGGUACUGUACACGUACCGAUUGAGGACGGCUGAUGGGUAUAUGUGUCAUAAAUGUGCAAGUACAGAUGCUGUUUGGAACUGGGUUAAAUAUGGAUUGCCUGUUAAUCAAGGGGACUCAAUCGUCAGUGAUGACAAGUGUUUGGUAGAGAACAAGCUGAAAAAGGAUGGGGAUUCUUGUGCUGGAUACUGUAUGACAAUCAAUAUUACAAGAACUGACGAUGAAGCUGCUGGCAAGACGAUUGCUAUUGUCCGUGACUGUCAAGUUCGAACUCGUAAUUUGCCUGACCUAUUGGAAUCUGACGCUCCUCUCUGCACAUCCUAUGAAAAAUUGGUCAAUCGCCGAAAUGUGAACAUCACCACAUGUUACUGCCGCGGCCACUACUGCAACGGACUCGGAUUUGCCGAAGCGACACGACACUCCAAAGCACUCGAACUUCCUGUUAAUUCCAUUGAUCCGAAAGAAUCUUCGGGUUUUCCAUGGUUUCUCGUCCAUUUAUCGCUGAUUUCUUUUUUAUCCUAACGCUUGUGCUGAUACAUUGGUUCAGCACAUGCAGAAAGAAGAAGAAUGAGCGGGAAGAAUAUGAAAUGGGAAGGAAGCAGGAAGACGUGGAGGAAAAUUCGUGAUUGGUCACUUUUUUAAUUCAAUUAAUAAUUUUUACGUGUCAAGAUUUGAUUUUCUCUAGAGAAUUGACUUAGUUUCUUUUAUAAUACGUGUUUCGAUAAGCUUCAAGUUACAUUAGCUUGCUUUUUGAAUUUUUUUUUUGGCAAUAAAGGCCUUUU